CUCUCUCUCUCUGCUCGGAUCUCAUUCGAGGAGGAUUUUUUUGGGUUUUUUUUUUUUUUUGCGGGUUACAAAAUGAAAGUAUUCCCUCAGACAGAAUGGGUUGUCACGUCUGAUUGACUAGCUCGCCGUAAUCUACGCUCAGCCUUUGACGGGAUUUGCGGACGGCUGCUGUCACAUAACACGACCUACAUGUGUUACUCGGGAUUUGUUAUGCUACAUAGCUAGGUGGCUAGUCGGGAAGCUAGCACGCUGUCGCCGCUAAAAUAAUAAUAAUAAUAAUAAUAAUAAUAAUAUGUAUCCGAGGUCAGUUUUGCCAAGUAACGUUACAAGCCGCCUCGCAGUAGUUGGGAAUAACCGUGAGCUGGCUAACCUGAGUUAGCUCGCCGUUGUCUGUCGUCAACAUUGUCAUUAGUUGGUGUGAAGAACGAGCUCAGCCCUGCAAGGCAGCCGGUGCUAGGAAGGACACCGCUCUGUAUCCCCCUCUUAUCAUCAACUAUUAGCGACGGGAUAACGUUUCCAGACACAAUGGCUAACGUGACAGACCUGCAGACGAAAUACAGCAAGCUGGCACAGGAGUACUCCAAGCUCCGUGCCCAGAACCAGGUGCUGAAGAAGGCAGUUGUGGAUGAACAGGCCAACUCUCUCUCACUAAAGGAGCAGCUGAAGCAAAGGGACCAGAGCCUGAGGAAGCAGGAGCAGGAGAUGGACAGUCUGAGCUUCAGGAACCAACAGCUGGCCAAGAGGGUGGAGCUGCUGCAAGAGGAGCUAGCUGUCAGUGAAGCCAAGGGCAAAAAGGGGAAGAGUAAAGGAGACUCUCCCUCACAGCAUGGCCUGGAGACUCAGAGUGUUUUUGAUGAGGACCUGCAGAAAAAGAUCAAAGAAAACGAGCGACUUCAUAUCCAAUUCUACGAAGCAGACGAGCAGCACAGGAGGCAGGAGGCCGAGCUCAAGUCACGACUACAGGAGCUGGAGAAAGACUCGGAGCAGCACCAGGCUGUCGUGGACGGACUCACCACUAAAUACAUGGACACAAUCGAGCGGCUGCAGAGUGACAAAGCACGUUUGGAGGUGAAAACGCAGACCCUGGAGAGGGAAGCAAAAGAGUGCAGAAUGCGAACAGAAGAGUGUCAGCAGCAGUUGAGGCGGUGCCAGUCAGAGCUGAACCGACAGGUGAAACAAAGCAGCAGUGUUAUCCAGGAGAAAGUGCCCUUCAAUGACACCAAAUUUAGUGACUACAACAGCCUAAACGUGCCACCACACAAUCGAAGGCACCAGCUUAAAGCCCGGGACUUGGCAGGUCAAGCCCUGAACUUUAUCCAGGACCUGGUGGCUGCUCUGUUGAACUUCCACUCCUACACAGAACAGAGAGUGCACAUCUAUCCCCUGGACUCCUCCAUUGAGCCCAUCUCCCCUCUGAACCAGAAGUUUUCUCAGUAUCUACAUGAGAAUGCAGCCUCUGUGCGCCCCCUGGAGGACAGCUUUCUGCAGUUACACCAAAGCAUCACAGAGGACACAGUCACAGUAUUGGAGACCGUGGUCAAGCUGAAGAGCUUUGCUGAUAAUUUCUCUUCAUACACCCACUUUCUGCAAAAGAUUCUUCCCUACCAGCUGAAAAGUCUCGAAGAAGAGUGCGAGGCACCUCUUUGUACUGCUGCCCUUACUGCGAAGAACCAGGAGUUGCAGAGUGACACGAAGAAAGUGACUUCUGUGUUUGAGAAACUGCAGAACUACAUUAACAUUUUGGCCUUACCCAGUGUUCGUCAGGAUGCCCUGCCACAGAGCAGCACCUCGGCUGUCUUCACCCAGCUGGCUGCCUGCCUACACAGUCUUCACGAUGCCAUUAAAGAGAUGUCAAAGCACUACAACCAGAAGGCCAGCUUAGAGCAGGAGCUCCCCACUGUCACCCAGAAGCUCUCCACCACCUCUGAAUGCCUGCUGGGAUCUUUGGGCUCUCUGACCAGCAGCACCGGCAAGAUUGCCACUUUCUUCAGCAACAACUUGGACUUCUUCACAUCAUCGGCCUACAGUCCAAGAGGCAGCACAGUAAUGCUCAACCCCUUGCAAGCAGAGAGCAUGUUAGCCAAUAAAAAGAAAGCAGCUGCCUAUAUCAGUGCCAUCAAAAAGCCCAGGCCACAGUCUGUUCCAUACAGAGAAGCCCUGACAAACCGUCGUAUACUUACUAGCUCCACCGAGAGCAGAGAGGGUCUCACUCAGCAGGUGCAGCAGAGCCAGGAGAAGAUCGCUCGGCUGGAGCAGGAGAAGGAGCACUGGCUCCUGGAGGCCCAGCUGGGGAAGGUGCGGUUAGAAAAGGAGAACCAGCGCAUUGCGGACCUGGAAUCGCAGCUCACGGCAGCUCUAGGGGGAAGUCCAAAUCCACAAGCAGCUGCAGCCAGCACACUCGCACAGAGCCAUGAGGAGGCAGAGAGAGAGCAGAAAGCUGCAGGGAAAGAGACGACGCUGUGCACCAGCCUGGUUGGCAUGUUGUGUACAACACCUACAGUUGAGCAUGUGGCAGACGAGGAGUCCAGGGAGCAUCUGAUAAAGACUCACUACAUGGCCAGAGUGGGAGAGCUCACCACCCAGCUCCAGAUUUCCGACAGCAAAGCUGUGCACUUUCACUCUGAGUGUCGAGCUUUGGCCAAGAGAUUAGCCAUUGCAGAAAAAUCACGGGAGACUCUCAGCGAGGAGGUCAAACUGGCUAAUCAGAACAUCACACGCUUGCAGGAUGAGCUGGCCACGACGAAGAGGAGCUACGAAGAUCAGCUGAGCAUGAUGAGCGACCAUCUAUGUAGUAUGAAUGAGACUCUAAGCAAGCAGAGGGAGGAAAUUGACACACUCAAACUGGGCAGCAAGGGAAAUGCCAAAAAGAACAAAGGACGCUAGAGCUGCCCUCAAAACUCUGGCUCCAUUUGGCAUCACAAAGGGGGGACCUUGAGAGAAGAUCUGGUCUGUGGAGCCUUCCAGCAGCAUCCUGGUUACCAACACCACCAGUCACCAAACCACAGGACGGCUUCAUGAGCCUCAGAUUCCUCCACUGUCAGGCAGUGGUUGAUACAAAUAAACUGUACAGAGGCUUGAACAUGUUUGACUGAAGAAGCUUCCUUUUUUUCCCCCCUUUCCUUGUCACAGCCUCAUUUAUAACAUAACAUGAUUUGCUAAAAAUGCUUUCUGAAACGAUACCGGAAGCUGUUGCUUGACCUUUUUGGCCAAAGCAGGGUGGGAGAGAAACAGUUUUUCCCCUAAAGGGACAGAGGGAGAUAAACGGCUGAAACAGUUGACGUUGAUAAUGCUCACUGAAGUCAAGACUUGAAGACCAAACCCUGUUGAUCAGUGUGUGUAUUUUUCCUGCUUAACGUGCGUGUGAGAGCAAAUGAAACUGUGCAUUCUUACUGCUUAUCUGUGGGAGCAGGUCAACAGAGUAAAUGUUGGUGUGGCUGUAUGUGUGCAGAGUGUUGUCUCAUUGUGUGACUGUGGCACCAGGCUUUACAAACGUGUGUGUAUUGUUUUACACUUGGAUUAUUAUUUUUUUUAGAUCACAUUUGAGAUUAUUUGUGCGAGUUAUCACAAGGGCCUGUAUAUCUACAUGCAGCAUAAAUACCCCUUAUAAACACAUGCAUAUAUCACAAGCUUCUGUAAAGAAGGGCUUUAACAACCUGAAUGAACAACACACUUGAAUCCAUUCCUCAUUUUUGAAGAUUUUCAGUCCUCUUGGAGUGGAGAAAAGAAAAGAAAAUGUCUGCCUUGAAGCACUGAUUAACUGUUUACCUAGACGAAAAGGGUAGGAUGGACAAGUUGGAGCUCGUAAAAUGGUGUCAGUCUGUCUCUGUGAAGUUACUCUGUAACAAUAGUUGUUUUUAUCACCAAAGUAAGUGUGGAUGUGCACACAGAAGCCUGAUGUGGCACAGUGGUCUCUUAAUUCAUGUUGUAAUAUGUAUGGACAAAAAGGGUUAAUGUGAAUAUACACUCAUUUGAAAUCAUGAUAUAAUUGUACUGUACAAUUUCUAAAUAUAUAUAUAUAUAUAUAUA